CCUCAGGUCCCCAGAGCCCCCCCCCCAAAGUCCCCAUCAGCCCCCCCGUGUCCCCCCUCCCUCAUCUGGUCGGGGGGGGGUCCUGGCUGCAGAUGAGCAGUGGAUUAUCUCCCCCCCCCCCGUAAUCCGACAGCUGGGGGGGAUUAGGGCCCUCCCGGCCCCCCCAAACCCCCCGGGGGCUCAGCCCCACCAUGGGACCCCCUGGGGAUGUGUUCGGGGAGGGGGGCACCCCUAAUUCCCCUCAGCCCCCCAAUAAUUCACAUCUGGUUUAACUGGGGGGGGCAGUUAACUUGCAGGAGUUCGGCCAAGCCAGGAUGGGGCGGGGGGGCCCCUUCCCCCUCCCUUCCCCAUCAGCAUCUGGAGGGACCCCGAGGGGGGGAUUUGGGGGGAACUGGGGGGGGCAGGACGGGGGCGGCCCCAGUCCCCAGCGGCUGCACAGGGACAGGAGCACCCACGGGCCAGCCCACCAUGCCCACCCCACUGAUGGCCCUGCUGGUGGCCCUGCUGUCCCUGUGCCCGCCAUGCCGCUGCCCCCCGGCGCCCACCCAGCCCCACGCCAUCCGGCUGGAGGGCGACCUGACGCUGGGGGGGCUGUUCCCGGUGCACGCCCGCGGCCCCGCCGGGGUGCCCUGCGGGCCGGUCAAGAAGGAGAAGGGCAUCCACCGGCUGGAGGCCAUGCUGUACGCGCUGGACCGCGUCAACGGCGACCCGCGCGUGCUGCCCAACCUGACGCUGGGCGCCCGCAUCCUGGACACCUGCUCCAGGGACACCUACGCCCUGGAGCAGGCGCUGAGCUUCGUGCGCAGCCUCCUGCCCCCCGAGGGGGGCGAGGGCAGCUGCCCCGACGGGUCGGCCCCGCGCCGGCCCCCGCCCGAGCGCCUGGUCGGGGUCAUCGGGGCGUCCGCCAGCUCCGUGUCCAUCAUGGUGGCCAACGUGCUGCGGCUGUUCGCGAUCCCCCAGAUCAGCUACGCCUCCACGGCCCCCGAGCUGUCGGACCCCGGGCGUUACGAGUUCUUCUCGCGGGUGGUGCCGCCGGACUCGUACCAGGCGCAGGCCAUGGUGGCCGUGGUGCGGGCGCUGGGCUGGAGCUACGUCAGCACGCUGGCCUCCGAGGGCAACUACGGCGAGAGCGGCGUCGAGGCCUUCGUGCAGAGCUCCCGCGAGGCCGGUGGGCUGUACUGGGUUAUACUGGGUUGUACUGGGCUGUACUGGGUUCUACUGGGAGGGGCACUGGGAGAGGCAUUGGGAGCACUGGGAGGGGCAUUGGGUUACACUGGGAGGCACCGGACCAUACUGGGAUCUACUGGGAGGAUGAGCUCUGCAUGGAACAGGGAGGUUCUGAGGCCUGGACAGGGAGGGUGGUCCCCAUCCACACUGGUCCACACCGGUCCGUACUGGUUUAUACUGGUCUGUACUGGGGCAGGGGGCCUGUGCAUUGCCCAGUCUAUCAAGAUCCCGCGGGAGCCGAAGCCAGGGGAGUUUGCCAAGGUCAUCGGGCGCCUGAUGGAGACAUCGACCGCGCGCGGGGUCGUGCUCUUUGCCAACGAGGAUGACAUCCGGCGGGUGCUGGAGGCCGCCACGCUGGCCAACCUCUCGGGCCACUUCUCGUGGGUGGGCUCGGACAGCUGGGGGGCCAAGAUGGCGCCGGUGCAGGGCCUGGAGGAGGCGGCACACGGGGCCAUCACCAUCCUGCCCAAACGGGCCUCAGUGCCCGGCUUUGACGAGUACUUCACGUCGCGCUCGCUGGAGAACAACCGCCGCAACCUCUGGUUCCACGAGUUCUGGGAGGACGACUUCAACUGCCGCCUGCCCCACGGCACCGCGCCCCACGGGGACGCCGCGGGGGCACCCGGAGCGCCCGUGCGCAAGUGCACAGGGCGGGAGCGCAUCGGGCGGGACUCGCCCUACGAGCAGGAGGGGAAGGUGCAGUUUGUCAUCGACGCCGUGCUGGCCAUGGCCCACGGGCUGCACUCGCUGCUGGGCGAGGCCUGCCCGGGCGGGGGGCUCUGUGCCCACAUGGACCCCCCCGACGGGCGCCGCCUGCUCACCCACAUCCGCAGGGUGGCCUUCAACGGCAGCGCGGGGACACCAGUGUCCUUCAACGAGAACGGGGACGCCCCCGGGCGCUACGACAUCUUCCAGUUCCAGGGGGGCAACGGCACCGGGGCCUACCGGGCUGUGGGGCAGUGGGUGCAGGGGCUGCACCUGCAGGAGGACGCCAUGGCCUGGGGCUCCAACUCGUCGUCACCGCCACCCUCGGUGUGCAGCCUGCCGUGCGGCCCCGGCGAGCGCAAGAAGCCGGUGAAGGGGGUUCCGUGCUGCUGGCACUGUGAGCUCUGCGGGGGCUACCAGUACCGGGCCGACCUGCUCACCUGCCUGCCCUGUGCCCCUCACCUGCGCCCCACGCCCAACCGCACCGCCUGCCGCCCCACACCUGUGCUGCGCCUGCGCUGGGGCGACCCCUGCGCCGCCGUCCCGCUGGCCCUGGCCACGCUGGGGCUGAUGGCCACCGCCUUCGUGCUGGCCACCUUCGUGCGGCACCACGAGACGCCGAUCGUCAAAGCGUCGGGGCGCGAGCUGAGCUACGUCCUGCUGGCCGGCAUCGCCCUGGUCUACGCCAUCACCUUCCUCAUGGUGGCCGAGCCCGGCGUGGGGGUCUGCGCCCUGCGGCGACUCUUCCUGGGCAUGGGCAUGAGCCUGACCUACGCCGCGCUGCUGACCAAGACCAACCGCAUCUACCGCAUCUUCGAGCAGGGGAAGCGCUCGGUGACGCCGCCGCGCUUCAUCAGCCCCACCUCGCAGCUGGUCAUCACCUUCACGCUCAGCGGGCUGCAGCUGGUGGCCGCGGCCACCUGGCUGCUGGUCCGGCCACCCCACGCCCUCAUCGACUACGAGAUGGGCCGGACCCCCGACCCCGAGGCGGCGCGGGGGGUCCUGCGCUGCGACAUGGCCGAGGGGGCCACGCUGGCCUGCCUGGCCUACGCCCUGCUGCUGAUGCUCACCUGCACCGUGUACGCCGUCAAAGCGCGCGGCGUCCCCGAGACCUUCAACGAGGCCAAGCCCAUCGGCUUCGCCAUGUACACCACCUGCGUGGUGUGGCUCGCCUUCGGGCCCAUCUUCUUCGGAGCCGCCCAGUCGGCAGAGAGGGUGCACGUGCAGACGGCCACGCUGACGGUGUCCAUGUCGCUGUCGGCCUCGGUGCCGCUGGGGCUCCUCUACGCCCCCAAGGUCUACGUGAUCCUGCUGCACCCCGAGCGCAACCAGCCCAAGCGGCGCGGUGCCGACCCCCCCCCGUAGGGACCCACAGAUUGGGGGACCCCCGGCACCCCAAAACCCCCGACCCCCAGAGCCCCCUCCCCACAAUAAAACU